AUCAAUUGCUAUAAAAAUCACUGACAAUUAACAAACCUUUCAUAAAGGGAACCACGUUCUCAUUGCAAAAUCCAGAGAAGAUAAAUGAGCAAAUAUUGAUGUAGCUUAUAUUUAUACCAGAUAUAUUCCUGCACUGGUACACUUGGUGGAUAACAUCAAAACAAUGUAUCUGUGGAGCUUGUUCCCGUUGGCUUUAAUAGCUUCACUGUGUUGUUCAACAUGGGCUUCCAUGAUCAAGCUAAAUGGCGGGGGAUAUGAAGACAUUGUCAUUGCAAUUCAUCCUAACGUGACAGAAAAUGACAAGAUUAUUGAAAAUGUUCAGAAUAUGGUGAAAGAAGCUAAUCAGUAUUUAUUCAAUGCUACAAAGCAAAGACUCUUCAUAAAAAGUGCCAAAAUUUUAAUUCCAUUUAAAUGGUCAAAACACAACAAUGCAGAUAAGCCCAAAACAGAAACAUAUGAUAAGGCAGAUGUGAUCAUUGCUGAACCUCAUCUAAAAUAUGGAGAUGAUCCAUAUACUCUUCAAUAUGGAAGAUGUGGGGAACCAGGAAGAUACAUUCAUUUGACACCUGACUUCCUGGUGAAUGACAAAAUGAUUUCACAAUAUGGACCUCGAGGGAGAGUGUUUGUGCACGAAUGGGCACAUUUACGAUGGGGCGUCUUUGAUGAAUACAAUUAUGACAAACCGUUUUAUAUUGCUGCAAAUGGCGAUGUAGAAGCAACAAGAUGUUCUGCUGAUAUUAAAGGUACUUACACAAAGCGAAACUGUCAAGGAAAACCGUGCAAUUGCUCUCCUGACCCCAAAACAGGCCUUUAUGAAGAUGACUGUGUCUUUGUACCUGAGACGUACCAGUCUGUCAAGGAAUCCAUCAUGUAUUUGCAGGCACUCCCUUCUGUUUCUGAAUUUUGUGAUAGUAAGCAUAAUACUGAAGCGCCGACUCUUCAGAACCGAAUGUGUGAAUCUCGCAGCACUUGGGAUGUUAUCAGCAACUCCACUGACAUAAAGUCCACUGUUCCAAGGGCUGACUUCAAUAUUCCAGUCCCUUCAUUCUCACUACUGCAGUUUUCUGAGAGAGUUGUGUCUUUAGUCCUUGACGUCUCAGGAAGCAUGAGCAGUAGCAAUCGUAUUGGACGGCAACUACAGGCAGUAGAACUGUUUGUUGUUCAGAUCAUUGAAAAUGGGGCUCAUGUCGGGAUUGUCAAGUUCUCAAGUUCUGCAAGUGUUGUUUCAUCUCUAGUAAAAAUUAAUACACAAGCACAGCGGGAUCAACUAAAGUCCCUUAUUCCUAGAACUGCUGGAGGAGGAACCAACAUCUGUGCUGGAAUUCGGGCUGGUAUUGCGUUGAACAAAAAUUUUGAUGGAUCAUCAUAUGGUACUGAGAUUGUAUUACUGACAGAUGGAGAAGAUAACCUUGACACGUCUCUGUGCUUUAAGGAUAUAACUGAUAGUGGAGCGAUCAUUCAUGUCAUUGCUCUGGGUCCAAAUGCAGCCAAGGAACUUGAAACAAUUGCCAACAUGACAGGGGGAUUACGCUUUAAUGCACUAGACAAAGUUGAAGCAAAUGAGUUAAUAGAUGCAUUCAGUGGCCUUCAUUCCGGAAAUGGAGAAAUUAUUCAGCAGGCUAUUCAGCUGGAAAGCAUUGGUUCUGUUGUUAAACCCAAUGGAUGUCUUGAGGGAGCAGUUUUUAUUGACAACACAGUGGGUAAUGAAACAUUCUUUUUAGUCAGUUGGGAAACUGCACUACCUGACCUGAAUAUAGAGGACCCAAAGAGAAAACAGUACUAUACAGCUGACUUCAACACUGACACAGCUUCCAGAUCCUCUAGACUUGGGAUCCCAGGAACAGCAGAGAUUGGCCCUUGGUAUUACAAAUUUUGCAAUAAGCAUACAUCAAACCAAGCUAUAACUUUCACAGUGACAUCAAAACCAUCUAAUGUAAAUAUUCCUCCAAUAACGGUCAAUGCUCACAUGAAUCAGGAUGCAAAUAGCUUUCCUCAUCCGAUGGUUGUUUAUGCUUCAUUAAGUCAUGGUCUCCAGCCAGUAAUAGGAGCAAAAGUAACAGCGGCUAUUCAGCCGCCCAGUGGAGUUCCAGUGGUAUUAGAGCUUUUGGAUAACGGAGCAGGUGCUGAUAUUGUAAAGAAUGAUGGUGUCUACUCCAGGUACUUUAAACAAUACGAUGGAAAUGGAAGGUACAGCUUAAAAGUGCAAGUUAAAAGCAUCACGAAAAAAACCCGCCUGGCACUUCCAAGGAGCCGUGCCCUUUAUAUUCCAGGCUUUUUAGAAAAUGGUGAGGUCACUCUGAACCCUCCAAGGCCAGUUAUUAAUGACGAGGACCUUAAUCUGGGGGAAUUCAGUAGAACAGCGUCUGGUGGCUCUUUUGUAGUUUCCAACGUACCUUCAGGUCCUCAGCCAGACUUAUAUAAACCUGAGAAAGUAACUGACUUAGAGGCAAACAUUGAAGACGAUACAGUCGUGUUGACCUGGACAGCAACUGGGGAUGACUUGGACCAGGGAACAGUUUCAGAUUAUGAUUUAAGAAUGAGCACCAGCCCUGAAGAGCUCAGAAGAAAUUUUGACACUUGCAAUUCAGUCAACAUUUCCAGCUUUGUACCCCAAGUGGCAGGUUCCCAAGAAAAUUUCACCUUUGUGCCAAAAGAUAUUGUAAUAGCAAAUGGCACCAUCCUUUAUUUUGCUCUUAUUGCUGUUGAUAAAGUGCCCCAGCGAUCAGAUCUAUCAAAUAUAGCACAAGCGGCUCUGCUUAUUCCUCCAACGCCUGCUCCCACUAUAGUCCAGCCAACUCCUGCUCCCACUGUAGUCCAGACAACAACUGCUUCCACUACAGUCCAGUCAACAACUACUUCCACUGCAGUCCAGUCAACAACUACUUCCACUGCAGUCCUACCUCCUUCUUCAGAUGAUGGUUCUGGAAACCUGAGCGUAACAAUUGUCACAGCAAUAGUUUGUUCAGCAGUUAUUAUACUUUGUAUUAUUAUUAGUAUUACUGUGUGUAUUGUGAGCUGCACAAAAAAAAAACCGAAUCCAGAAAUGAGAUUGUAAAACAAAAUGAAUGAUUUUCUGAAGAUGAAGUGAUAAAAUAUUCAUGCGCAAUAUUCAAAUGUAAUUAAUGUAACAAUCAAUGAACUAUAUAGCGAAAUAUGAAUAUAAAUCUUUGUCAUAUAGGGAAUAAUGCUGUUUCCCUUUGGCAAUAAUAGGUGAAUUUCUUACAACAAAUAUAUAAAUAAACAUUACACAUGUGCAAAGAAUGUUUGGUGCCAACUGGUUUUUAUGAUCCAGUAUGAUGGUUGAUUUGUAUUACAGUUUUUAUUACAGUUGUCAGAUCUCAAAGCUUAGCUAACCCUACCACAAAGUCUGUGUGUCACUUGUACCAGUAUAAACCAUCAGUAUAAACCAGUCUAAUGGAACUGUAAUGAACCAGUUACAAUAGUGAAAUU